AUCGCCAACAGCUCCUAGAUCCCUGACGGUUUCCAAACUUUCUCUGCUGCGACAAAUUCCUGCAAUCUCUCAGUGACAGAGUGAACAUUUUCCGCGCCAUGACAAUCCCCGUCUCUCGUUCAAUCCUGAUCUUCGUCGUCCUCGCUGGAUGUGCGAUCUUCGUGUCGGCGAUUCAGACACCCAAGUCCCUUUCGCCGUUCGACGAAGCCGUUCUGAAGCUGAAUAACUCGGGUUACACCAGCUUCGUCUCGCUCGUCAGCGCCUAUGGCAAGAUGAAGCAGGUCAAGGCGGCUCUCUCCAAGCCGCUCACCAUGCUCGUCCCCAGCAACGCAGCGAUCGCCAAGGUCAAGAUAACGAGUUACUCUACAGCGCAGCUGUCCACAAUCGUCAUGUUCCACGCGAUCAAAGGCGUCACUCCAUUCCAGAAGCUGCGAAGCCUCCCGAAGAACACCACGCUUCCCACUCUCUCCACCGACCUUAGGUCCAAGAAGCAUCUGUCGCUUACGAAGCUCUCCCCGCCGAAGGCGCGCUGGGUGGCGAUUCAGGGCAAGGCGGGGAGCAAGCUGAUGAUCACUAAGGGUGACUUUUACCUAAAAGCCGGGAAGCUGGCGGUUCACACGACGGAUGCGAUUGUGUUCCCAGUGGGAAUGAAGUGACGCGGCGAGGUAAAAAAGAGCCGGCUCCAAUGCUGGUGGCCAGCGAAUAAUCCAGUGGGCAUUCCUAUGGAAGGUCAGGGUGCUGGGAGCAUCAAACGCAGUAAUAAUGGGCCAAACGGCGGUUACACUCAACAUAGGAAAAGGCCAGAGGCGAAAUUUAGCAUUUAUUAGUCGAUCAAGUUAUGCAGCUGAGAAGCGAGUCUGAAACGAGGGGAAUUGUAAUGCUCGCAGCCUUUUUUUCACUGAGU